AUGAAGCUCACCGCCGCUUCCUGUGUCGCCACACUGGCAGCGCACACCUUCGCAACAUCAACACCAACACCAAGCCUGAGUACCCAGAAAGCAAAGUUUAAUUGGAAAUCCAUCAAAUCCGUUAUAGCCUUCGGCGAUAGCUACACCUACGUCCAAGGUACCCUCGGCCGCGCGAAUUACACUUUCAUUGGCGACGCCUUCAACCUCUCAUUUACACCGGAAAAACUCUUCUCGAACCGUAUUGUCCAAAAUCAAACUUCCACAGCCCAAGGUGGGCCCAAUUGGGUGGAAUACCUGACUGGCUGCGGCGUUGCGCCAGGUCUCCACGACCCACAAUCUUGCAAGACCCAGCUCUGGGAUUUCGCAUACGCGGGCUCCAAUACAGUCAGUCAAAAAAACUUCACGCCUGCGCACUGGAACCACACUGUUUCCUUUGAGCAGCAGAUUCAGCAAUUCGUAGAUUAUGGCAAUCCCGCGCUCGAAACCAUACGCUUGAAAAAGAAAGACGCAUUGAUCGCAAUAUGGAUUGGUAUCAACGACAUCAACGACCUCGCUCACUUGAGGGGCAAAAAUGCAACAUUUGCGCCAUUGUACGAAACAGUGCAGACUUAUAUAUUCCAGAGCAUGGACAAGAUUUAUGACUUGGGAUACAAGAAAUUCCUUUUCAUGAAUUUGCCGCCGCUGGAUCGGGGACCCAGACCGUUGGUCAACACGUCGCUGGUGGCCAGCUUCAAUGCUAUUCAUGCUGCGCAUGCGAAUGCGUUUCAGGCCAAGCACGACGAUGCGACGGUGCUGCAGUACGAUGUCAAUGGCGUUUUGAACAAUGUUCUGGAUAAUUACCAGGAUUACGGAUUCGUAAAUGUCACGCAGACUUGCCCGGGCUACAAUCAACCAGAUAUUCGAACGGACCCGGAGAAGUAUGGAUGUGGAGCGGGAUUGGACACGUACUUUUGGUAUGAUGCCGGGCAUCUGGGAAGUCGGACGCACAAGGUUUUCACAAAGAAGUUGGCCAAGUGGUUGCGGAUGCAGAAGUGA